GCAGCGAUUAUGGAGAUUCCGUAUUUGUUACAAAGAAUAUCGGAAUAGAUACAUUUGCUGAUGUGAUUUAUCUUUCUAUGAGAACAUUCGUCAGAUUUCGUAACAUCGAUAUCGAUCAAUCCUUGGAAAUUUAUCUCUAUAACGGAAGCUCACAACCACCGGAUAUAUCCAAAGAAAUGUUUUUUAAUUUUUUUUUUCAAAUUUACCCAACGGAGUUCCCAACACUAGAAAACAAUUACCGAGUCGUGGCGAAAUUUCCAAAAAACGGGUUGAACACCCUCGUGUUAGCUGUGAGAGCAGUUGGUUUGUGUGCGAGCGUUUAUAGCAUGAAAGUAUACUAUUAUUUUUGUGAAGAACAAUAUUUCAAUGGUUUUUUGAUACCGAAAACCACGUCUCCUUAUGAAGGAUGGAAAAGAAUAGAGGCAAAUUGUUCCGGAAAUUUUGCGUCGCCAGAUCAAGUUAUUGGAUAUUGUGGAUAUAAUGGAACAUGGAAAAUCGAAAAGAAUAUGGGAUGCUUUUGCAAGAAAGGAGAGGAAAAAAAUCAAUUAAAUGAAUGUUCGCCUUGUCCUGACGGUCGGUUUAAAGCAACCUAUUCUCAUGACCCUUGUAAACAAUGUCCUAAUAACAGCAGAAACAAUCAAGACCGAACAAGUUGUGAAUGCAUGGAAGGUUAUUAUCGUUUCAAUACGAAUAUGGAUUCAACUACAGCCCCAUGUUUUGGAAUUCCUUCGGAAGUCAGGAACAUUAAAAUUGUGGAGAGAACUGAGACUACAAUUACGCUUCAUUGGCAACGGCCACAGAUGCGGUACCAAGAUGUCGUUUAUGAAAUCGUAUGCAAUAAAUGUCCAUCGAGCAGUUAUAGUGCACUAUGUGAAGAGCCGUGUGGGAGAUCAGUCAAGUUUAUACCAUCACAAACUGAUCUUUGA